CACCAACCGCUCUUGCUGGCGGCCGGCUUGGCGAGGUGUUGCUGUUUUAUUAUUUGUUCUUGCACUUCGGAAUUCGCAAUAGACAAAAUGGAGUAUUUUAUUGAAUGUGUAAGAAAACAUCCAUGUUUAUGGAAGGUAGACUCGAACGAGUAUAAAAAUAAUGAGAUUAAAGAAGCAGCAUGGAGGAGUAUCAUCGCUGAUUGCGAUAUAUCCGACGUGAAAGAAGCCAAGUGCCAGUGGAAGAAACUUAGAGAUGGCCAUAGACAAGCAUUAAAUAAGAAAAAAACAACAACGGGGCAAGCAGCAAGUAUGGAUAUUAGGCUAUGGAAAUAUGAAAAACAAAUGGACUUUCUCCUACCACAUUUGGGAAAUCGACAGAGAAGCACCGCUACUCAACAGAUUAUUGAAGCCGAUAUUGAUGGUGGUGUUGAUAAUUUCGAAAAUAUACAGGCAGAAGAAAAUUCUGAAUUGGCAGUGAAUGAUGAUUUUCAGCAAACAACCCCUAAUACACAGCGAAAUAAAAGAAAAGUUGAUAAAAUGACUGACUAUCUCCAACAGGAGCAAAAAAGAAGGGAUCGAAGGUCAACUGACAGAGACUUAUUCAGAAGAGGUUUACAUAGUCGGGAGAAGAGUAUGGAGCGUAAGGAUACACCUUUAAAAAAGUUUUUUGAUAGCAUGUAUGGCAUAACCAAUGAACUCCCACCAUAUUCGCAAGUACAAGUCCAGCGACAGAUCUUUAACAGUGUCAUGGACGCUCAUGAAGCAAAUUUACAAAGGCAAAGCAGAAUGGCAACACCAGAUCUUUCCACUCAGCCGCCACCCAAGACAUAUUGUAUUUCCCUCCCAAGUUCGUCAGACUGAAAUACUUCCGGUAUAGCGCAUUAUGAAGCCCAUACUCCAAGAAGGUCUCCUUCAGCCCCACUACAGAUACAGACUGGGGACUCAUCUUCAAAUGACUAAUAGUCUAGUGAUAACCUACAAUCCUACAUACUUGAUGGAACCACAUACAAACAGAUGUAGUUUUACUUAUCAAUAAAAUUCUAC